UCUCUCCCAUCAUCAGGUCUAGAGCUGCUAAGCUGCCUCUGCUGUCUCUCAACGGAAGAGAAUUGGAGUGCGCGCUCUUCUCCAGCAGCUGCAAGACUUGGGACGACAGGGAGAAGAGGGAGGUGCUGCAGCCGCUGUAGCCGCACUCGCUUACCGGAGGAAAAGUGGCACACACACACCCGAGAAGUAGAGUCUGCUGUGAGAGCAAUCAUUCAUUCGGAGGGUCGGGUCAUUACACCAUUUUCGGCGGCAGAAGCACCCUGAACACCCGCCUGGGCCGGGGGGGGGGUAACAAAAUAAGAGAGGGAGUGGGGAGACGACGCGCGAUAAUAACGGGGGAACUGGAUAUCGGAGAAGGAGGAGGAGGAGGAGAGCCGCCACCAUCAUCGUCUCAUCGUCGAGGGAAGGGCGACCGCCGUGCAGACCACGAUUUCCGGAGCCCAUGGUGUUCGUUUAUGGGUGCUUGCACAAAAAAUGCCUGGUUCUUUGGAAGGAGAGAUACUUUGUGCUCAAGGGAACGACCUUGAGCCAGUACAAGAAGAAGGGCGAUAACGAGCCGAAGCGCGUCAUGACGGUGGGAUCCGGGUGGUCGGUCCAGAGAGCGGCGAAAGCGGGCGACGGAUUCGUUUUGACGGCGCCCGGGAGGGUCACCAAGCUUCGGGCGUCGGGCGAGCAGGAGGAGAUGGAGUGGGUGAACGCCCUCGAAACUCUAAUAGAAAACGAGAAGGAGAAGCUGUCCAAGAAACCCUUGAGGAGCAACACGAAGCUGUGGUGGGCGGAGACGAAACAAGGGCAGUUCUGCUUCGAGCUGGACGACCACUACGAGAUGAACAAAACGAUCGGGAGCGGUGGGUAUGGGGUGGUCGUUUCGGCCCUCGAUAAGAAGAAGGACACCAGGGUCGCCGUCAAGAAGGUGGUUUCGGCGUUCGACGACAUGCUGGUGGCCAAGCGCAUGAUCCGCGAGAUCCGGCUAUUGAGACAGUUCGACCACGACAACAUCAUCCGCAUCGUGGACAUGAUGCCUCCUCCCAGCGUGGAGAAGUUCAAGGACGUCUACAUGGUGCUCGACAGGAUGGACACGGACUUGCACCACAUCAUCUACUCGGGACAAAACCUGAAGCAGGCUCACCUCCAGUUCUUCCUGUACCAGAUCCUGUGCGGGCUGCACUACAUGCACUCCGCGAGGGUAAUCCACAGAGAUCUCAAGCCAGCAAACGUGCUCGUCAAUACCACUUGUGAACUCAAGCUUUGCGACUUUGGGCUGGCACGGAGCCUUGGCAGGGCACCGGCGGCGGAAACAACAUCUCCAGGAGGAAGCGGCAGGGAUGGCAGUAGUGGGGGGGCGGGGGCGGCGGCGACGGCGGCGGCGGCAGGAGUUUCUCCUGACGUGGAGGACGGGGACUCCGGGGGGGAAGUGAAGUUGACGGAGUACGUGGUCACGCGAUGGUGGAGAGCCCCCGAGGUGUUCCUGGAGGCGAACUAUGGCACCGCCAUCGACGUGUGGUCGGCGGGCUGCAUCAUGGCGGAGAUGCUCCAGCGGAAGCCGCUCUUCAUGGGGUCCAACACGGCCCAGAUGCUGAGACUAGUGGUCCAGUUCACGGGAAAGCCGUCUGAAGCUGACCUGUCGUUCGUUACCAACAAGAAGGCGCGGAACUACGUGUUGGACAUGGCGGAGGGCCCCCGAACUUCGCUGACGGAGAGGUUUCCCGAUGCUGGCGCGGAGGCUCUGGACCUCUUGUCCAAGAUGCUGACCUUCGACCCCUCGCGACGUAUCUCUGUUCGCGAUGCGAUGCGCCAUCCCUGGCUGGCGAGGUUCUACCAGGUGGCACACGAAGACCCGGCCCCGAGACCGGCGGAGCUAGCCGCUGUCGAGAACCUCCAGCUCACGCGCCCGAACCUGCAGCAGCUCAUGUUCGAGGACGUGUGCGCCUUCCGCCCCGAAUGCCGCGCUAUGGCCCCCGGGGGGGGCGGCGGUGACCCAUCACCGGCCAGCACCGAGUUCAGCGACAUCUCUUUAGACUCCGCACCAACAGGGGGAGCGGCGGCUAAGCCAGGGAAGCCGGCGGGGGAGGGCGGCGGCGAGCUUGCUGCCGUCGGGGAGGGGCAGGGUUGUGCGGCGAUGGCGGGGGAGGGGAGUGUGGCGGCGGUGGAGACAGCGGCUGCUGCUGCUGCUGCUCCUGCGGUUGCUGCGAAUUGAGGACGUUGUAGCCAGUCGCGUUGCUGAAGCAGCAGCACGGUGUGUUUCUCUGUUGUUUUUGGAUUGACUCGCUCGCUGUUGAUUAGAUAAUUUUUUUUUUCAACUGGCAGAAACGAGUGGGCAGUGUGGGGAAGGGCGUGGCGCACUCGCCCCGCCUCUCUCCCUCCCCCCCCCUCCGCACGUCACUCCCUAUUUCUCGUGACCUUUGAUGUUGAAGCUUUGGCGCGGGGCACCAGGGGCUUUGUUACAGCCGCACAAGAAAGUACAGACGUACGUAAACACGUUGACAUCCGGUGCACCGUGAAAUUGUGCAUCUCGUCGUCUGCUAUGGCGCCCCCGCCCGCUCGCCCGGCUCCCCGUUUGCCGAAUCCCACCCUUGUUUCUUUUUUCUGCUCGUGCGGUUUCGUUGUCGUCGCCCCCCCUCUCUCCUCUCUUGCUCUCUUGGCUGUUUUGAUUUCCCUGGUGAGAGAGAGAGAGAGAAAGAAACAGCGGCGUGUGGAGUGUGCCGGCUGGGGUGUUGUAACGUGGGCCGGCCGCUGACCGGCUUUGAUUGGUUUGGUCGCGGAGGCGCGUUUUUUUUGUUGUUCCGAAACGACUUGCAACCUCGCGUCGUUUUUUUUUUCGGUACUGGUGUAAAAGUGAGACGAAAGAUGGUCCGCUUUCGNGGGGGGGGGGGGGGGGGGGGGGGGGGGGGGGGGGGGGGGGGGGGGGGGGGGGGGGGGGGGGGGGGGGGGGUAGUCAACGCUAAAAAAAUCGUGCUAAAGAGGGAAGAGGAGGUGUACGAGUAAUUUUGUUGUUUUCCUUGACCCUUCCUUUUGUGUGUGUCGAUGGCACUUGCCUUGUACAAGCCAUGUGUGGAGCACCUCAAGUCUACACAUUCUCAGCCGAGCGAGGCGGGGUACAUCACUGACCAACCACGCGCGUGAUCGAUGUGCACGCACACACGUUUUGUCGUUGGGUACAAGCCGUACAAGCCAUGCUCUCGUUGACGGUGUAGCACCAUGUUCAGCCCGGCGAGCUAUCACUGCUAGUAGACUGCUGUUCAUGGGAUUGAUUUCCAUUUGGACGGCUCUAGACGAGCUGCUGGUGGUGAUGGCAAAUUCUUUCCGCGUGCGUUGCGGNGGGGGGGGGGGGGGGGGGGGGGGGGGGGGGGGGGGGGGGGGGGGGGGGGGGGGGGGGGGGGGGGGGGGGGGGGGGGGGGGGCGAGUUAAACUGGAGAUAGUAGCACGUGGUGUCCCGGAGAGGGUGGCAUCGAUGGUGUUGGUGGUCCUUGGGUUCUCGCCUUUUUUCCUCGGUUCUAUUGGGGCUGAAAGAGGCAGCGUACUCUUGUGGAUAGUUUGAUAGUUGGACACGAUGUGAUAAUAGGGGCGCCGCCGAGCCUCGAACUCAUGUGGGGCGGGGGA